ACACAUUAGAAUAUGUCCACACAGCAGCGAUCGCGACAUUCACUGCGAUUUAUUUUUGUUCUCGCGCUCUGACCGACACUACGAACGCACGGGCCUGUAAUAUCCGCGGCAGAUUGGCAGAAAAUUGUUACCUUAUCACGAGAUUACGCACGCGUGAUCAUAAUCGAUAACAUCGAUACACGAUGGGUAUCGAACAGUUGACCUACAGUGUAGCCUUUAUAGCGUUGACCAGUGCGAUCGCGGCAAUUGCACGUCGUUUGAACAACAAAUUAUCCAAAGAUGGUCUAGUGAAGGAGCUUAUAUUUGAGGCAAUUGCCGCGGCAGAACUGUGCGGAUGUUGCUUCGAGCUAAUCAUUGUGGCGGAUAAUUUUGGAGUAGCAACCUACGCGGUAUUUCUGUUCACGCUGACGAUUUGGUGGGGCAUACAAUGGGGGAAUGCAACGGCUUGUCCGUAUACCUACAUGGAACAGGUAGUCCAAGGUGAGGUUAGCUGCAAGGAAGCUGCUCUGAAAAUUUGGGCUCAACUCAUGGGAGGAUGUUGCGUGUUCCGUUACGUCCAACUCUACUGGUGGUUGGAGUUGGCCGAAACCCACGAGGGGAGAGCGUUCGAGGAUUGUGCUGCUGAUCUGAAGGUUAAUCUAUAUUUGGGCGCCUUCAUCGAAGGAUUUGCCACCCUAUGCUGUCGAUUGGCUUCCAAAGUUAUUUCCGAAAAGGAUGCUAAAUUUGGUGCUUUCAUCGAUUCAUUCGUUGGUACAAGUUUGGUCGUUGCCGCUUUUAACUACUCGGGAGGAUACUUCAACCCUGUUCUGGCUACUGCCCUGAAGUGGGGUUGUGCUGGUAACUCAGCCUUGGAACAUAUUAUCGUGUACUGGAUCGGAUCGUGCGUCGGAGCUGUGUUAUCUGUUCCGUUGUUCAAAACUUCGACUUUCCGUGAUUUGUUCUUGACCGACAAGGUCAAGUCUGAAUAAUACAAUUUCAUAACUUCGCUUAUAGUCUCGGUUAGGGUUGUGCAGUGCUCUAACCAAGAUCUUAUCCCUCUGAUUCUAGUCACAACUGUCGAACUUUGAAAAGCAAGUGAACUCUUUUGUGUUAUUUUAUUUGAUCCGAUUUUAAGCGUUGCAAUGUGUUAUUCCGUCCCUAGGUUAUAUUUGUCGUUGAUUAUAUAAACCAUAGACUAAUUA